AAUUUAAUUUUAUGUAAUUUAAUUUUGAACAACAAUUUUUCUCAGUUUUCAUUUCCUGGGAACACACAGUGCGAAACACACACAAGUAAAAAGAAAAAAGAGCACUAUUUUUCUCUCUCUCGUCUGUCUUCAGAUCCAAAUCUGUCUUCGUUCUCUGUUCUCUCUCAGAUCCCAGAAUUAACAUAUUCGGAUCUUCGAGUAUAGAGUUCGGGUCUAUCCGUUUUUCGCUGACUGAAUUCGGAGGAGUCUAAUUUUUGAUCGACUCGGGUUUGUUAUCAUUUCACUUGGAUCUGACUGAGCUUGCAAAAGAAGCUUCAAAACGGACCCAAGCAUGAAUCCCUUCUCCUCCGGUACCCGUCUAAGGGACAUGAUUCGGGCUAUACGUGCUUGCAAAACUGCUGCAGAGGAACGUGCUGUUGUAAGAAAAGAGUGUGCUGCUAUUCGUGCAGCAAUUAAUGAAAAUGAUCAAGAUUAUAGACACCGUAACCUGGCGAAGCUCAUGUUCAUUCACAUGCUUGGUUAUCCAACACAUUUUGGUCAAAUGGAGUGCCUAAAGUUGAUUGCAUCAGCAGGAUUUCCGGAGAAGAGAAUAGGAUAUCUUGGCCUUAUGUUACUUCUUGAUGAAAGACAAGAAGUUCUAAUGUUGGUCACGAACUCAUUAAAACAAGAUCUUAAUCACUCAAACCAGUAUAUCGUGGGACUUGCUCUUUGUGCUUUGGGAAAUAUUUGCUCAGCAGAAAUGGCUCGUGAUCUUGCACCAGAAGUGGAAAGAUUGCUGCAAUUUCGGGAUCCAAAUAUCCGGAAAAAGGCAGCAUUAUGCUCCAUAAGGAUUAUAAAGAAAGUACCUGAUUUGGCAGAAAAUUUCAUAAAUCCUGCUGCUGCCUUACUCAAAGAAAAGCAUCACGGAGUCUUAAUAACAGGCAUCCAACUUUGUACAGAUCUUUGUAAAGUCAGUCCGGAGGCCCUUGAAUAUUUCAGAAAGAAAUGUACAGAGGGUUUGGUCAGAACUCUAAAAGAUGUUGCAAACAGUCCGUAUGCACCUGAAUAUGAUAUUGCUGGCAUUACAGACCCAUUUCUCCACAUCAGAUUGCUAAGACUUUUGCGGAUAUUAGGCCAAGGGGAUGCUGAUGCUAGUGAUGCUAUGAAUGACAUACUUGCUCAGGUGGCAACAAAAACAGAGUCAAACAAAAAUGCAGGGAAUGCGAUUUUAUAUGAAUGUGUUGAGACUAUUAUGAGCAUUGAAGAUAACGGCGGCUUACGAGUGCUUGCUAUAAAUAUCUUGGGAAGAUUUUUGUCAAACCGUGACAACAAUAUCAGGUAUGUUGCAUUAAACAUGCUGAUGAAGGCCAUGACUGUAGAUUCUCAAGCAGUGCAAAGGCAUAGGGCAACAAUCUUGGAAUGUGUUAAGGAUUCGGAUGCUUCAAUCCGUAAAAGAGCCCUUGAACUUGUCUACCUCCUAGUGAAUGAAACCAAUGUAAAGCCUUUGACAAAAGAGCUAAUUGAAUAUUUGGAAGUAAGUGAUCAAGAAUUUAAGGGAGAUCUUACUGCCAAAAUUUGCUCCAUUGUUGAGAAGUUCUCCCCUGAGAAAAUAUGGUACAUUGAUCAAAUGCUCAAGGUUCUCACUGAGGCUGGAAAUUUUGUAAAAGAUGAAGUGUGGCACGCCCUUAUUGUUGUGAUAAGCAAUGCCUCUGACCUCCAUGGAUAUACAGUCAGAGCAUUAUACAGAGCAUUUCAAACAUCAGCUGAACAGGAAACCCUUGUUCGAGUGGCAGUUUGGUGCAUUGGAGAAUAUGGUGACUUGUUGGUCAACAAUGCUGGGGUGCUUGACAUAGAGGAUCCUAUAACUGUAACAGAGUCUGAUGCUGUGGAUGUUGUUGAAAUUGCUAUAAAGCGUCAUGCUUCUGAUCUCACUACUAAAGCAAUGGCUUUGAUUGCUCUUUUAAAGCUCUCUUCCCGCUUCCCAUCUUGUUCAGAGAGGAUUAAGGGUAUAAUUGUCCAAUGUAAAGGAAGCCUUGUGCUCGAAUUGCAGCAAAGAUCUCUUGAAUUCAAUUCUAUUAUUGAGAAGCACCAAAAUAUCAGAUCUACUCUCGUUGAAAGGAUGCCAGUUUUGGAUGAGGCUACUUUCAGUGGAAGGAGGGCUGGUUCCUUGCCAGCAACUGUUUCAACAUCAAGUGGAGCAUCACUUAAUCUUCCAAAUGGAGUUGCUAAGCCCUCUGCAGCUCCUCUUGUAGAUUUACUUGAUCUUUCAGAUGAUGCACCUGCACCUAGCUCAUCUGGUGGUGACUUUCUUCAUGAUCUUCUUGGUGUUGAUUUAUCACCAGCUUCAACACAACCAGGCACAAACCAGGCUCCAAAAACAAGCACAGAUGUUCUUCUAGAUCUAUUGUCUAUCGGAACAACCCUUCCUGUACAAACCGGUCCAUCUACACCUGACAUAUUAUUAUCUGGUCAAGAUAACCAAACGCCAAUUGCUGCAUUAGAUGCACUCUCAUUAUCCUUACCUUCUGUGCCAGCCAAUUCUUCUGUUGGACCUUCUCCUGUGAUGGAUUUGUUGGAUGGCUUUGCUCCUAGCCCAUCAAAAAGUGAGGACAAUGGUCCAGUUUAUCCAUCUAUAGUUGCAUUUGAAAGCAGCAACUUGAGGAUGACAUUUAACUUCUCAAAACCACCUGGGAACCCUCAAACAACAUUAGUUCAGGCCACUUUUGUAAAUUUGACACAGACUGCAUUUACAGAUUUUGUUUUCCAGGCAGCAGUUCCAAAGUUCCUUCAGCUGCACUUAGAUCCAGCUAGCAGCAAUAAACUACCUGCAAGUGGUAAUGGAUCAGUCACACAAAGUUUGAGAGUAACUAACAGCCAACAUGGCAAGAAAUCACUUGUGAUGCGCAUAAGGAUAGCUUACAAGAUGAACAGCAAAGAUAUGUUGGAAGAAGGACAAAUCAACAACUUCCCUCGGGAUUUAUGAAGUUAAUUGGUUGAGAAAGUGUUAAUGAUGCUAUGUAUGAGCUUCAAAUUUUUUGGCCUCUGAAAAAGCUUCAUUUUACCGUUCGUAGUGGUAGCAAAAAAUUAUCUUGUUUCUAUUUUUCUACUCCAGGGCAAUAUUGUAGCAGUUGAGAUUUUUGGCUUGUGUUUGGGAUUCUGCCCCAGAUCUCUCACACUUUUCCCCUAUUCUUUCCCCUUAGGUGAUUUGUGUACAUUAUUACAAGAUUUCUGUACGCAGUUGUGAGAAUUAAAUUUUGCCUUUUGAGGCUCAUAGAGAAAGGAUCUGAUGCCAUAAUGAAACUUUUUGAGUUGCUGUGUAGUGGUUUUUGAACUCUCCGCAGGUCUUGUUUAAGUUCAUAUUUUCUUCCUUUCAAUUUCAAACAAUGACAUUGUAAUAUAUAUUAAUUUUGCACUUUCAGUGGAUCCAUUUGUUACA